CACGUGCAUGUUUCGCGGCAAAAAAGAUUUGGCGCGCAAACCUCAACCCUUGUUCCGAUCAGCUGGGACAAUAACAACAAUAACACAGAGCUUUUUGUGCAGAGGACUGCGCUGCUUGGUGAAGGUAGCAGGGUUUGACUGUGGACUGACCUCCAGAGAAAUUGCAUUUUUGUAUACAAGUGCCUGGAAAUCCUUUAAGGACGUAACAUUUUGAACAGUGCGAUUUCUCCUUGCAUCGGUGUUCUUCCUGGAUGCGCGGACACAACUCAGAGAGAGGUGAACAGGGUGCUUUUCACUUCUUGGCGACGAAGAUAUUGCAACCGGAGCUGCCGAGUUUGUGGUCUGGCCUGCUACCCAAUCCUAGCUCCUUUGCGAUUUGUUAUUAUUAUUCUAUAGUAAUUCUCUUUCUUUGUCUUUGCAAAGAUACUUUUUACUGGUUAGCCACCUUACGAAAUAGCUUGCUACAAGUGUGUGUCAGUCCUGGGAGAAACAUAUGGGUGACUUACUUAUUAAGACUUGUUUUUUAGUCGAUAUUGGCUAUAUUAUCGAGCUAAUUAGCUGAUACGUCUCAUUCAAAAGACCGACUGGUUAAUCCGAAUCUCGGUAAAGUUGAAUUAAGGCGGAAGACGAAAAGUGGUAUAAGUUUUAUAGUUAGCUACUAGGCUAGCUAGCGUUUCGCUAUCAAUCCUACAGAAGAGACAGAUGGUCUCUGUGGUGAACAAAGAGGGAGAGAGUCUAUGAAAACUGAAAGGGAUCAAAUUUGUUCCAUUGCCCCUGCAGACAGAAAACCGAUUAGAUUAGAUUGCUAGUUGUCUAACAAGCUUCCUGUUGUUUUUCUUGUUAGUUUUUUGACUGAUUUUAGAUACCUGAGUAUCUAACCAAACUUGCUAGCUAGCUACUGGCUGUAGCUACUUGACACAACACUAGUUUACUAAAAUGAUUUCCUCCCCUAAUGGUAACUAAUCAGAGUAAUAAGAUGACUAGCUAGCUGACAGUCUUAUUAAUUGGCAAAGUCAUAAACAUUGCGAUUUUCUGUUGGGAUUGUAAAGAAAUGCACAUUUGCUAAGUUAGUAUCAAACCAAAAGUAACGUUAACUGAUUACUUGGACAUUGACACCAAGUGUUCCCAAUUGCAACCAAUGCUAACUGGAAAAGUGAAACUAAGCUAAUACAACUGAACGAAACGUGUGUUUUUAAGCUUAUGUAUUAACCAGUUAGCUGGCUAAUCUAAACAUGGUCAACCCAGCCAUUAAUAGUGUCAGUUUUUCUAUAGGUGUUUAUUGUUGUGUACACAAAACCGCCACCAGGCGAGACAACUGUUAGCCAAAAAAAGAGGUUUUUUAAUUGCCUAAGGAUUGUUGGACUGUCCGGAUCACAGACCACUGGCAGAGGAAGCUGCCCUGUGUCCAUGCAAUGUCAGAGACGCUGAUAACCGGUCUGACCUCGGAGGAUCUUUUGGCUGAUUUCGAGUCUAUUUUGAGCUCUGGGAACAUCGACCUCAGCGAGGAACAUCAGAUCGUGAUCAUUUCCACCCCGAACGAUGUGGACAUUCACUCGACCGCUCCCAACAGCGCGGGGGAGAUCCUUCUGUUCGCAACCCCUCAAGGCUCCGCGCCCGCGGAGGACCCGCGCCGACCCACGCUGGGACGCCCUCCGGUGAAGCGAAAGCUGGAUUUGGACAGCGAUCACCAGUAUGUGAGCAGUUCCUGUCCCGCUCCCCCAGGCAGAACACCAACUGCAACUCCAGCACCCCCUAGAGUGCCGAAGGUGUCGGUGGAGAAGUCGCGCUACGACACGUCCCUGAACCUGACCACCAAGCGCUUCCUGGACCUGCUGGCCCAGUCGCCCGACGGGGUGGUGGACCUCAACUGGGCCUCCCAGGCGCUGGAGGUCCAGAAACGCCGCAUCUAUGACAUCACCAACGUCCUGGAGGGCAUCCACCUCAUCUCCAAAAAGUCCAAGAACAACAUCCAGUGGCUGGGGAACCGGCUGGACGGGGCGUCGGCAGCCCGGCAGCAGGCCCUGCAGAAGGAGGUGUCCGAGCUGACCCGCGCGGAGGACAAGCUGGACGAGCUCAUCGCCAAGUGCAACCUGCAGCUCCGCCUGCUCACCGAGGACUCUCAGAACAAGAAGUUGGGGUACGUGAUGUGCCAGGACUUGCGGAACACGGUCGACCCCCCUGACCAGCUCGUAAUGGUGGUCCGCGCCCCCCCGGAGACGCAGAUGGAGGUUUCUGAGCCCUCUGAUGUCUUCCUGUGCCCGGAGGACAGCUCGGGGGUCUGCAGCCCCGUGACCGCCAGCAGCCCCGCGAAAGCCACCGGCAGUGCCUCCCCUCAGCCAGCAGAGGGAGCCGCGCCGCGGAUGCAGCACGCCCGAGUGCUCGCAGCCGACCGGAGCUCUUCCCUCCCCGCAGCGAGGCUCCUGGAGGGAGAACCGUUCGCCCCCCUGGGGGAGCUCGGCGACUUCGACCUCUCCUCCCUGGUGUCGGCGGACUACCUGCUGGACCGGAGCCUGGAGGACUUCUCCUCCCUGCCCCUGGACAGCUUCAUCAACCUGUCCCCCCCCCACGUGCACGACUACCACUUCGGCCUGGAGGAGGGGGAGGGCGUAAGCGAACUCUUCGACUGCGACUUCGGGGACCUGGCCCCCAUGGACUUGUAAGGGUGUGAGGGGUGGAAGGACUAUGGUGGGGGGUGGGGGUGGGGUGCAAAGCUGUAGACCACAACUUAGCACUUGGGCCACUGGAGAGAGUUGGGUGGUGGACAACGGUACUUUCCAUGGCCAGUUUAUUUAUAUGUGGAUUUCUUUCCAGUAUUUCACGUCGGAGUGUGUGCGUGCAAAUGUGUGUGUCCGUGUGUGUGUGGGGAAGGUAUGGUGGCAGGGCGAAACUUAGCUGGGCUGGGGGGGACAAAAAAACGAGGUAGAAAACAAAAAAAAAAAAAAAAAAUAUUUAAAAAAAUAAAUAAUUGUUUGAAGUGCAUUAUGCUAGCAAGUAAUCCUAGAAGGUUUACCGCCAUAAUUUCUGGAAGCAUAGAAGACGCCUUUCUGUGAGAAGGGCUUGGAUGUAGUUCAGGUUUGUUCUUAGGAGGUGGAGCGUAUGAGCAGCACCAGUAGGUGAUGUGGUCGUCCCCCCCCCCCAUCUCAGGUCUGGGAAAUGGGUUUGACAGGUUAAACGGUAAGUGAAGCCGGAUUGGGGGUGAAGCGCUCGCCGUUAAGCUGGGCUGGCGACGCACGGGCGCUAGCGGCGCUAACUCGCUAUAAAGCGCGUUUUAUCGAGGCGCACAUCAGUGUUUCUGUCGUGCUACAAGCUCACGGGCCUGAGGUCCUUACCCUUUUAACUCUGCCUGUCAGUUCUGUAUUACCUCUACAUCAGUGGUGUCAAACUCGUUGCCAUGGAGGGCCGUGUGUAUGCAGGUUUUCAUUCCAGCCUCAGAUCUUGAUUAUAUAAUUAGUUAAAUUAUUUGCUGAAUUAGGGAUGCAGGUUUGUGCACAAUGGUGACCCGACGUCUAUGGUGACCCGCAUUGUCUAAAUAAAAAUUUUCUUAUAUUCUGUGCUUCAAUGCAGUUAAACGCAUAUGGCUGAAUGAGUAAUUGGACUCAAUUAAGGCAGCAUUAAUUGGUUGGAAUGGAAACCUGCAUACACACGGCCCUCCAUGGCAACGAGUUUGACACCACUGCUCUACAUGGUGCGUAACCUCUCUUGGUGGAAAAAUGUAUUUUGUAAAAAAACUGGGGCACUUCAACUGGGGCACUUGCAAGUCCUACCCUCUUACAGGUAGUGCGUGGCGAUAUGGUGCGUGGUUGCCGGGAUAGUGUGGGAGGGGUUGUGCCCGGCGAAAUCUUCGCGAACCCGCGUUCCGAUGUAUUUACUUGCUCACGGCACUGUCAAAAACAUGUUUAUAGUGUAAAGGAAAUGGGUUUUUGCCAGUUUGUUUUAGCUGUUUUACUCGUUUUUAAAUCAUUUAAUCUGACAUUAAUUGCAUAACUUUGAUUUAUUGUGUAUUUAUUGAUCAGAGACCUGAUCUUCUGUUUUUUUGUUUUGUGUUGUUUUUGUUGAACAGAAACUGCGGAAUAUUUUUCUGUCUCUCUCUCUAGAUAUUCUCAAAAAUAAGAAAUGAUUUGGAAUAUUUUUGUAAGUGUGUUACUGUCCGUCAAGAUUAUGCAAAAAUGAAAUGGAGUGAAAUGUGUUCUUAAUUAAAUGCGUAAUCCCCGAAA